AUGGCAGGCUCAGUCGGUGCCUCGACCAGAUCGUCAACACCGACUCCGACACCAUGGGCUGAGCAGACCGUGAGCAACCCGACGCCGCCUGAUCCUUACAACAUAAACAUGAUCCAUCUCGAGCUGUUCGACAAUCUCUCUAGCGAGUCGUAUCGCUCCAUCGAGGAACCAAGGCGACCAGACAUCACGACAACCAACAUAUAUGCGAAAUAUGCCAUGGCAACUCCAUAUCUGAUGCAUCAAAUGCUCGCUACGUCAGCCUUUCAUCUCAGCACGAGGACCACGGACUUUCGUGACACCUACCGUGAAUAUGCCACCGGUCUACAGAAUCGUGCCCUCUCGCUCUUCAAUGAAGCUAACCCAGUCCUGGAAGUGACUCCGGCAAAUUGCGUCCGCAUGUUCCUGUUCUCGUCCGGGGUCGGUAUCUUUCUACUGUGCGAAACAUUCCAUUACCAAAGAGACAGCCUCGAAUGCUUCAUUGACACAUUUACACAGGGUGUGAAUGUAUACCGGGGCUUGCUCGCUGUCAUCGACCAAAGCCGGGAUCUGCUGCUCGAGUCAGAGCUAGGACCCCGUCUCAAAUUGACCCAAGCUCUCAUGGAAGCCAAGGAUGUGGAUGGAUCAGAAUGUGACGCACUUUGGGACAUGAUGGAGACGACAGACACAACGCCGUGCUCUCGAGUGGCCUAUCGAGAAUCCAUAUCGCACCUUCAGCGGGUCUUCAAUGCACUGCGUGCUGCUGGGGGAAUCAAGAUUGCACUGCCUACGGUGCUUGCCUGGCCGGUCCUCGUCCCACCCGAAUACGUAGAUCUGCUGCAGCAAAGGCAAGCGGAGGCACUCAUUAUCCUCGCGCAUUACGCUGUCCUGUUGCACCGGUGCCGCAGACUGUGGCUGUUCGGGGACAGUGGUCGCUUUCUUAUCGAGUCUAUCUGUGGGGACCUUGACUCCCACUGGCAGGCAUGGUUGAGAUUCCCCAACGCGGCGCUUCAGGAGGACUUGCCCCCUUGUGGAUAG